CAAUACCCACGUUGUUUGGAGAACCAUAACCUUUUAUUAAAGAAUCACAAUAACACAUUCAUCAAAUUUAUAUUGUUUUGGUACAUUUCGUGAUUGAUUACUAAAAAAUUUUGUAAUAAUGAAAACUAAAGUAAAUCAGAAUCUUGAUGAUUAUAAUGAUAGACGUGAUAAAACACUUUACGUUCGUUUACCACAUACGAUUCAUAAUGCAGACGAGGUGCAAAAAUUAUUUCCAAUCCCUGUAGAAGUAAGAUUGCUUCGACAAUCAUCAAGGAAUUGUCAUGUUGUUUUUUCGACAGUAGAAGAAAAAAUGAAGAAUUUAGAACAUGUGAAACAACAGGUUAUAAAUGGAAAAAGAGUUUACGCUAGUCUGAUAAAUAAGUCUUACGUUAAACGAAAAUUGAUGAAGAAACCAAAUAAAAAACUUGUUAUCCCUGAACCUUCACCCUCUCCAAAAAUAACUCGAACACUUUACGUCUGUAAUAUCAAUAUGAAAUCAACCAUCGAUGAUUUGAAAGAAGCUUUUGGUGAAGUAAGCACGGCAGCAUUUAUCAAUAAAGAAAAGAAUAAACACAAUACAAAAGAAGCAAUUGUGAAAUUAUCGAAUGGUAAACUCGCUGCAGAAUAUUUAAAAAAUGAAAAAGAACCACCUUGUCUUCAUGGGAAUAAAUUAAUAAUUAAACCAGACACACGAAAACAUCGGAAAUCUGAGAAGUUAAGCGAUAAGAGUUGAAGUAAUUUAUAGAAAAUAUUAAUAGAUAAAUUAAUGGUUCAAACAAAUACAAUAAAAUUUUGGAGUAAAACAUUCCA